CUCAAGUGGGAUACCUUUUUUUGGGCCAACAUGAAUUCUAUGUCCAUUUACAUCGAGGCCACCUGGCCGAGCGCCGCGCCGUUCGAGGACCGCGGUUCCAUAUGCCCACGCGAUGGCGUCCGUUGCUGUCGUUGCUGACGCUGCCCGUCAUGCCACAUCGGAGAAGUGAUGGUGCCCUUCAUCGGCGCGCUUGCCAGGUGCGGCACUGCGGACAUGCACGCUGGCCUGCUGCUCGGCAACUUCUUCUCUUUCAUCUACUACUGCCUCCACGAGCUGCUGCGCAUCAUAUUCCAAUGGCAGCACCGACACCAGCUCCGCGGCCCCUCUGCCCGCUGAGUAUCUGCUACGACAGCGGGCUCGCCGCCGCCGCGAACUUCAUCAAGAACAUGCCCGUUCGUCCGCAUGGUGGUGCUGGGCCUCUUCCACCACUAGCUCCUGCCGCUCCGCUCCGCGGUGGCGCUGGCGCUGGACCGCUUCCCCCACCCGUCGACGACGAAGCACCUCGUGCUGCCGCUGGUGACGGUCACCCGCGGCACAGCGGUGCUAACGACUGUGGUGCUGCUGAUGAUGGAGUUAUGCAUUUUCUCCCAACUCGUGGCUAGAAGGUCGAGCCGAUGAGGAUGACCAUCCUGAGGAAGCUCUGCAUGAUGACGUUUAUGCUGUCCUACCGCCUGGAGUGGCUGAUGCUGCACGCCCCGAACUACCCCAGGUUCAUCUGCAUGGCUGUCCUCGCGCCGCCCCGUCUGGAGUGGCUGCCGAUGUUCAUUUUAACAACCCCGCUCAAGCUCUUCAUGAUCAUGCUCUGCGCGAAACUGCCCCUGCCGUUCUUCGGCAUGCUCCUGCUUCCGCCGCGGCUGGUGGCAAACCGCUCCCGCUCCAACACGUUCUGCACGAACCUGCUCUCGCCGAUCUUCGGCACGUUCCUGUUACUGCCGCUACUGGUGGUAGCGUACAUACGCACCAACGUCUUCUUCAACAUGCGUAUGGUGCUGGCGGGGACCCCGCCGUUGCUCGAGAGCGCCCCGAAUCGGCCGCUGGUGGUGCCCCUACCGCCCCGUACGAUCCUGUGUACACUGUUCUGCAUGUCCGCCCCGUUCCGCAAUCUAAAGUUCGUCGCCAUACUUGUGGCCUGCAUGAUGAUGCCCCCCUGGCCAAUGUGAUGAUGGUCAUCUGCACGCUCACGCUGCUAGCGUCGCUGGUGGCGAAAACCAUAUCCGUCCAGUUCUUCUGCGUACACUCGCCCAUGCAGCGCCUCCUGGUGCACCUCAUGGUGGCGACGGCCUUCUACGCGGACCUGUUGCUGCCGACGCUGGUGGUGAUUUCGCGGUAAGGUCGUUGCAGCGAGUCGUCUCCAUACGCCGCUACGUGCCCAAGCGGACGCAGUCGUUGCUCAGCGCGCUGUUUCAAGAGUGGUGGCGGGCCAUGCGGCGCAAAGUUCUGAAGAACAGCCGCCCGUACUAUCGAUGUUUCGACGUCGGGGUGGAUUUCACGAGGUUCACAUUGGCUGAUAGCGAUCGCGAGUGCAGCAUCGCAACCACUGGUAGUCCUGAAGUUCCCGUCACUCGCGUCGCCGCUGGAGCUGCUGACCGCUACCCGCACUGCUUCGACGCGUGCUCGCUGGAAGACGCCUCCCCAAGGGCGAUGAUGCGGUCAGCGACGCGUUGAGCGGCGAGUCUGGGCCAUAUAUGGCGCCCGCUCUAGCCAGGUCUUCCGCCUCUGCUUCACCUCCCCCGCUGUCCUACGUUUGGCGUCCCUCGCUUCCCCCGCUUCCGCCCAUCCUACUUUUUCCUCUACUUUUCCCGAACAACGAAGAUGCGUCACCCUUUGCGCGCACUCCUCAGGCUCUAGCCGCAGCGAGUAGCGCUGAGCAUUGCAGCCAGAUGAAGUAGGCGUUGUGGCAGCUGGCAGGGAGCGGGGUCGACUUUCUUGCCCUCUUCUCGCUUCUUGUCCGCUUGCCCUCGUUUCUCUUUCAGUUACGCUCAAUCAUCA